AUGAAUAAUCCUUGUGAUGGGAUGAAAGAUCUUGCCAUAGCUGAUGAGAAGAAGUGUGAUAAGGGUAACGAGCUUUACGGUGAAAAUCAUCUCAAAACGGCACAAAGUUACUACGAUAUUGGAGUGGCACAAGAAAAGCUGCAGGAUUACAAGUCAGCAUUAGAAUUUCAUCAACGUGCUUUACAAAUUUUUAAGUUUUAUGGAUAUUCGCCAAGCGAGCUCACUAAAUUGUUUGACUCUUUAAUUCUGUCAUUAUUCCACUAUGGAAUUGAAACUUAUACAUUCAUACAAAUCAGAUUGAAGCUGAAUGGAGAUGACAAUGGAGAUAGUUAUCAUGAAGUUGGUGUGGCACAACAUAUGUUGAAAGAGUAUAAGUCUGCAUUAACAUCAUAUAAGCAUGCCCUUGAAAUAAAAAAACUGCAUGGAGAGAAUCAUUCAUCUACUGCCUCAACCUAUAAUAGAAUUGGAGUCACACAAUAUAAAAUGAAAAACUACAAGUCAUCAUUAGAAUCGUUUCAACGUGCCCUUGAAAUCAGAUUAAGAGUGUUUGGCGAGAAUCAUAGCAACACAGCUGACAGUUACUUCAACAUUGGCGUCACAAACCAUGAGAUGAAAGAUUACAAGUCAGCAUUAGAAUCACAUCAACGUGCUUUACAAAUCAGAUUAAAGCUGAAUGGAGAACACCAUAGUGACACUGGUAACAGUUAUCAUGAAGUUAGCCUUGAACAAGAGUUCUUAAAAGACUACAAAUCAGCAUUAGAAUCAUAUCAACGCGCCCUCCAGAUCAAAUUGAAACUAUUUUGA